ACAUCGGGUCAUUAAUAACAAUAAAAUAAAAUGAUGUGGAGGGCCGGAUAGAAUUACCUGGAGGGCCAUUUCUGCAUUUGUCAGUUUUAGCAGUAUGCAAAUGACUUUAGGAUUUCAUCAAAUCAUUUCAGCAAUUACAGUCAAUUUCUUCAGCAAAAACAUUCACACUAGCAUCAUCUUUUCUAGUUAAAACUGUUGUGAAACACCCUGAGGUUUCUUCUCUUUUUCCCUGGAACCUCUUUUUUAGGAGUUUUUCCUCACAGAAAAUGAGAUUCUAAGGCUGCAUCUGAGGCUCUUCUAUUGUGACUCCUGGCUUUAAAGAAAAAUGUGAAUAAAUACUAAAUUAGUUAGUUAAGCACAUAUUCUAGUCAAUGCUGCACAAUAGCAUUAUCAUACGGUAGAAGUCGCCAUGUUUGACUUGAUUUGCUUAUUUAAAGUAAAGAGGAUCUGAAAUAAUGACUUUAUUUUGAAAGGCUGCUGUCAAAAAGAAAUAGUUAUUGAUAGAAAAUAUAACACUUUUAUGUUUCAAUUACUGUACAAAUUUGAGAAUCUCCAUUUUAUAAAUGAAUGAGUUUGUGUCCACAUAAAUAUAUAAAAGUGUAUAGAGAGGCUUGGCGGCUCUCGCUCGGUUUUGAUCAGGUAGUAACCAGACGGACGGAUCUUUUACUGUUAACGGUUAUAGACCGCUGGUAGAGAUGUUCAGUUUAGUUUAGCUGUCAACUGUUGUUUACAUUUUAUGAUCUGAUUUUAUGUUUUUAGACCAUUUCUGGUGUGAAACUCAUUAAGAAAACUGUUGUGAUAUUGGGCUAAAUAAAUAAAACUGAAUAUAAUUACAAUGAAGAUGACAGCAGUUUGAGAACUCUGUUUUUCAGCUAAAAUCCAUUUGGUCAUUUCUUAAACACACAACCGUUUUCAUCUAUUUUCCAAAGAUAAACCAUUUUUCACAGAGAAGUUUAAAAUCUAAACAUUUUUGUCCAGCAUGAUUUUAGACUGAACAACUGUCUGAUAUUAUCUAACUUUUCUUGAUUUCUUCUCCAGAUUUAUUGACUGAAAAAACGCCGAAGUGAAAAAAAAAACUUCCUUUAUGCUAAAAUCAAUCAUCCAAACUGAGAAACUGUUUGUUAUGUUUUUUGCUUUGGGAAAAAUGAGCCAAAACAGUUUGAAUUAGGAAAAAUGAUUAAGUGUUCAACCAGAGAAAAGAUGAAUAAAAAUGAACCACCGUGAUUUUAUCAGAAGAUUUAGGUGAAAAUGUAUUUUUUGUAAAAACUGAACCAUCCACCACAGCAGCUCAUCCGCUGUCAUGUGGUGGUUUGUCCACCAGAGGGCGCGCGCGCGCUGCCCCUCACCUGUCACCAAAUUGAUCAAUUAAAGUGAUCUUCCUGUUCGUUCCGGUCGGUGUGUGAGUGUCUGUCGUGUGUUUGGACUGAAGUGACGCUUCAGCGGUUUUUCCCGCCACCGGCUGACCGACCGUCGCGUUUCCUCGCGGGGGACCCCUCCCUCCUUCCCCGCGUCGGCGGCUGCGUGCGUGUGUCCGUGCGCGUGGAGAAGUGUAGGAAGUAACGCCGAGUUUCGGGUCGAACGACGAGCAGACGUCGGGCUUCGUCCCCGGAGACUCCCGCCGCGGUCGGAGCGCGCGCCCACACCGUCACGCUCACCUUUGCACUCCAAGCUCAGGAGGAUGAUCUGCUCUGAGGAGCGCCUCUGAGCGUCAGGAUGAGCGCGGCAGAGACCCCCGACCCGGAGGAGGAGGCGCGCGUGGUCCAGAUCUACCUCCGGCAGGACACGGGCGCCUACUGCCCCAUCCAGGUCAGCGCCCGGGACACGGCGAGGAGCCUCAUCCACAACGCCGUGCUGACGCUGGGCCUGAAGAUGAACCAGGCCUACAGCCUGCUGGAGGUCCGGGAGAGCGGCUCCCCGGAGACCCCGCUGCGGCCGGACGAGCGGCCCCUGCAGCGGGUCCUGCUGUGGCCCCCAGAGACGCAGAAGUGGCACCCCAAGAGCAGCGGCUACUUCUUCAUCCUGCAGGGGGAGGGCUGCGAGGAGGACCUGGAUGACCUCUGUGACCUCCCCACCGUGACCGAGAGGAGCGUCCUGGAGGCCCUGCGCCAGCGCUUCUACGACCGCAAGAUCUACACCUACAUCAGCAGCAUCCUGGUGGCCGUCAACCCCAACAAGUACCUGCCGCUCUACUACAACCCCAAGUACGUCAAGAUGUACGAGAACCAGCCGCUGGGCAAGCUGAGCCCCCACAUCUUCGCCAUCGCCGACGUGUCCUUCAGAGCCAUGCUGAGCCGCCAGAGGAACCAGUGCGUCCUGCUGUCCGGAGAGACCGGCUCCGGGAAGACGGAGAGCAGCCGGUACCUCAUCCACUGCCUCACGGCGCUCAGCCAGAAGACGUCCUCCAGCGGGCUGGACCGGACCAUCCUGGGGUCAGGGCCGGUGCUGGAGGCUUUCGGCAACGCCAAGACGGCGGAGAACAACAACUCCAGCCGCUUCGGGAAGUUCGUCCAGCUGAACUACCUGGAGAGCGGCGUGAUCAGAGGGGCCGUCAUCAACAAGUUUUUCCUGGAGAAGAGCCGCGUGGUUUCCAGAGACAAAGAGGAGAGGAACUACCACGUCUUCUACUAUUUGCUGGCGGGCGCGUCCAAAGACGAGCGGGAGCAGCUUCACCUUUUAAAGACACAGGAUUAUCUGUACCUGAAGCAGGAAAACCUCUGUUUAGAUGAUCAGGAGAAACUGGCACAGGAGUACCAGAGGCUUCACCAGGCCAUGGAGAUGGUCGGCUUCCUGGCCUCCACCAAGAAGCUCAUAUUUUCGGUCCUCUCUGCCAUCCUGCUCCUGGGCAACGUGACCUUCUCCUGUCCGGAGGACUCUCCGGUUCUGGAGGUCGGACCGGCAGAGGUCAUAGACACGCUGUCGGACCUGCUGAAGGUGACAAGGGAACGUCUGGUGACGACGUUGACCAAGAGGAAGAUCGUGAACGCCCACAUCUCUGCGGUGUCGCAGUACUCUCUACAGGAGGCCGUGGCCGCCCGGGACUCCAUGGCCGUGUCUCUGUACGGCGCUCUGUUCGACUGGAUCGUCUUCCACAUCAACCACGCCAUGCUCAACAAGCGGGACGUGGAGGAGUCCGUCUCCUGCUUGUCCGUUGGGGUCGUGGACAUGUUCGGCUUCGAGAAUCUGCGCUGGAACGGCUUUGAGCAGCUGUGCAUCAACUACGCCAACGAGGUGCUGCAGCACUACAGCAAGCAGCAGAUCUUCAGGACUCAGCAGGAGGAUUACGUGUCUGAAGGCCUCGUCUGGACAAACGUCCCGUUCCCCGACAACAGCAGCUGCAUUCAGCUGUUCAGCCGCCAGCCGGCCGGCAUCUUCAGCGUUCUGGAUGAGGAGAGCAGCUCACAUAAAACCGCCAACCAAACGCUGAUGAAGAAGUUAGCAGAGCUGCAGCACAGCAGCUCCUCCUUCGUGUCCUCUUCAUACGCAGAGCGAACGUUUGUCGUCCAACACUUUGCAGGGACGGUUAAAUAUCACAUCCAGGAGUUCAAGCAGAGGAACUCGGAGCACAUGCGUCCCGACGUGGUGUCGCUCCUGCGGAGCAGUGGGCGCUCCUUCAUGCAUCACCUGGUGGCCUCCAGCCAGGAGGCGCUGUUCCGAUGGGGCGUCCUGCGAGCAACCAUCCGCAUCCUCGCCAUAUUCAAGUACAAGGCCCGCCGGAGGGCAGAACUGCUUGCAGCCAAACGAAGGUCCAGCAAAACCCUGCGAGAACUCACACGGCGCACCAGUCCGGGGGACCAGCUGUCCGGGACCACGCUGGACUUCUCCUUCGACCACUCCGAUGAGCUUCCACUCGAUGCGUUUGAGGACAUCUUCGAGAGUUAUGAGAUCAAAAAGAAGAAUCGAGGCAGUCGGCGUAAGCAGAUCAUCCCGAAGAACCUGAUGGACUUGAACUCUCUGCAACACACGGCGGGACUGACUGCACACGACCGGACCAGCAAGUCCGUCUUCCACCCCUCCGUCACCGCCAGCCCUCCCACCGUCUGCGCCCAGUUUCAGACGUCUCUGGGGAAGCUGAUGACGACCAUCGAGAACGCAGAGCCGUUCUUCAUCUUCUGUCUUCGCUCCAACAACCAGAAGAAGGAGCUUCACUUUGAGGACAAAGUGGUUCUGGAGCAGAUGAAGAACGCAGGGAUGCUGCAGAUGAUUCACAUGAACAAAUCGGGCUACGGAGCGAAGUACACCUUCACGGAGUUUCUGCAGAAGUUCCGGAUUUUGUUCCCUAAAGGAACCACCGCCACGCCGCAGCACAUCACCCAGCUGUUCCAGAAAAUGGAUCUGAACGGGAACGCCUACCAGAUCGGGAAAACUAAGGUUUUCCUCAAAGAAAAGGAGCGGCUGCAGCUGCAGGAGGCGCUGAACAAGGAGGUGAUGCGGCGGAUCAUCACCCUGCAGCGCUGGUUCCGCACCUACCUGAUCAGGCUGCACUUCCUGCAUAAGAGAGACGCCUCCCUGAUCAUACAGAGAUGCUGGCGGGAGUUUUUUGAGAAGCACAAUAGAGCCGCCACAGUCAUCCAGACGGCGUGGCGCUCCUCUAUGGCGUCAUCCAAGCUAAACCACGGCAACGGGGACGAGCACGGCUCCGGGACACGACCUGGACGGCUCAGUUUACCAAAGAAACAUCUGAGGAAGCAGCAGCAAGUGGAUGUCAGCCCCGGCCGCCGCCCGCUGCCGCUGCCGGGCGACGCCCCGCCCACACAGCGGGACCUGAGCAGGGAGAGGCGGGAGGGCAGGCCCCCUCCACCUCUCAGCAGACCCCUCUCCAUGCCGAUGGGCCCUCAGGUGGACGUGGGGCGGCGGCCGGACCCCCCUCAGAGCUCUGCGAUGGGGAGGCUCGGCGAAGGUGGCCUGACGGACGAGUCGCGUCCGGAGACACAGCGGAAACUUGACUUCCGUCGGAAGGGGAAGUCCAUGUCUGCAGACGAGCUCUCCAGGGUCAGCUCAGACGGCUCAGACGACUCGCGCUCCGAGGUCAGGGUGCGCCCCCGCAAGCAGAAAAAACGAAAGCGGCGCUUAGCCUACGCCCGCAGCGGCUUGGUGAUUAACUUUGGGGGCUCCAAGGAGGGCGAUUACUGGAGCUUUCCGCUGCCGCCCAUCAGCCCCGCUGUCCCAGACUUGAAGAGCACGGCCAGUUGUGUGGAUGUCCGGGCCCAGGUCAAGAGAGCAGAUGAACUCGAUUGCUUCAGGUUCAGCCUUCCGUUUGAUGUGGUGCACAAGAAACCCCAGGCUCCGCCCCAACCCCCCUCCACCACUCCUGAGAGGGCGGGGUUCCUCAGUUUAUUCCUGAAGAAAAAGGGAAACAAAUCCUCGCCUCAGGCGGAGAAUUCAGCCAGUAAAACAGUCACACUGCCCGCCUACAGUCCACGUUCACUCUACCCCUCGAACCAGAACCACGGCAGGCCCAACCCGCACCCCACCAUCCGCAUUAGCCGGGCCACACGUGCGCUCCAGUGGGAUUCCUCGCUGGACCGGGAGAUCACCGAUCCCAAAGAGCUGCUGCACCUGGACGAGUUCCUGGGGAACCAGGUGAACGACCUGCGAACGAGAACCAAUGACCUUUCUGUAACGGAGGACAUCUUCCUGAACGCCACCAUGGAGUUCAGAGAAACCAUCAAAAGCAUGUAUUCUUUACAGACGCCUCAGAUCGGCUACAAAGAUCUGAUGAUGAGCUACCACAACAAGGUCAACACUCUGGGACAAGGAACCAAGAAGACGGAGAUCUCUCUGGUGGUGAAUCUGUUCCAGUCCAUGCUGGACGGCUUCAUCCGAGGAGAGAUCAAACGGGCCGAGUCUGAGCUGCCAAAGACGACAAAGAAGGGAAGGAAAAAGGAAAAAUGUGUCGACAGUCCUCUGGAUCACCUGUUCAGCACCUACCAGGUGAACAUCAUGCAGUCAUGUGACCUCUGUGGCUCCUACAUCUGGGGAAUGGAGAAAGCGUAUAUGUGCAGCGCUUGUAAGUUAAUUUGUCACAAGAAGUGUCUGACCAAGAUCAUCACAGAUUGCUCCACCAGGUGUGCCAGGCAGGAUGACAACGUGCCCGGCUCCAUGCACUUCGGCGUGCACGUGUGUGUCCUGACCAGCCAAAGCAACCCCGUACCCAAAGUGGUGGAGAUGCUGCUGAUGCACGUGGAGCUGAACGGCCUCUACACCGAAGGCAUCUACCGCAAGUCCGGCUCGGCCUGCCAGGCCAGGGAGCUGCACCAGAUCCUGGAGAUCAAUCCUGAAGAGGCUCAGCUGGAGAACUACCCCAUCCACAUCAUCACAGGCCUGGUCAAGCGCUGGCUCCGGGAGCUGCCCGACCCGCUCAUGACCUACUCGCUCUACACCGACUUCCUGCACGCCGUGGAACUUCCAGAGACUUCUGAGAAAAUCAAAGCCGUGUACCAGAAGGUGGAUGAGCUUCCUCCCGCAAACUACAGCACUCUGGAGCGACUCAUCUUCCACCUGGUCAAGGUUGCAAAGGAGGAGCAGCACAACAAGAUGACGCCCAGUUCUCUGGCCAUCGUGUUUGCUCCGUGCAUCCUGCGGCUGCCGAACUCGGACGACCCCCUCCUUGGUAUAAAGGACGUCCCCAAAACCACGCUGUGUGUGGAGAUCCUGAUCACCGAGCAGCUGCGGCGCUACAACGAGAAGAUGAAGAACAUCCAGCAGCUGGAAGAUGCCGAGGCGCUGACCGUCAGCCAGCUGAAGCUCAAGAGACAGAACACGGUCCUCGACCAGCCCUCCAGGCUGGCUGUUCCUCACCCCGAGUCCGAGACGGUCCUCAUCGAAAGACUCAAAUCCAUCAAGGAGCAGAAGACCGAGUUGGCCUGCAGGUUGCCUGAAAUGGAUCACGACCAAUCGGACAGUGAGAACCUGGACUCUCUGUCCUCGCUGAGCUCCGACAGCCUGGAUCAGCUGGGGGUCACAGAUUCGGAAGGAAAGGUGCAUUUGAAAACCCAGAAACCGGAGCCCCCUCACCACCCUGCUGACCUGGCACAGAAAGUCAGACAUUUAGUGGUCCAGGCCGAUAGUGAGCAGGGAGCGCUCGGCUCCUCCGGAGGCUCCUCGUCCUCCAGCCCCCCUGACAGCAGAAGGAGCCGCAGCUUCGACCACCUGGACAUCCCGUACAUCGAUGAAGAUGAAGACCAGAGCUGACACUAAGACGCUAGUUUUAAAUGGAAAGGUUUUCAGAAAUAUUUUUAGAAACUUUGGAUUCGUCUCAGACUCUUUGCUGCUGUGGUUUUUGUGAAUUGUACAUUUUUUAAUGGAACAUCUUAAUUGUUGCUUCUGAUUCUGUUCAAUCUGAGAAAUUUGAACGUUUUAGAGAAAAAACUUUAAACACAUUUCAGGAAAACAGUUGUCUAGUUUUGGACUUUUUUAUGUGAAAAAUGAGAAAUCCUGAGUAUUUUGUGAGGUUAACUCAGACGACAAAUUAACUUUUACUGAGAAACAUAAAACAAGCUUUCUAACUGUGUAAAAACCAGUUUGGUAAUUCUAUGACUGAGUUAACCAUUAAAUACGUCGGACUAUUGUAUUAACUGACUUUUUUCUUUUUUUUUUUUGCAUGCCUUUAAAUUCAACUUUACGUUGCCUGAAAGCUCAGUUCAUUACAAACUGUCUUCACUGUCAGUGAAUCCUCUGUAUAAAUAUUAAACAUGACAUUUUAGCAUGU